UUAUGUUUUGAUUUGGUUGUUUUAUAGUCCAAACAUUAUAAAAAUAAAUUCUAUCAUUACUAUAUAUGUGUUGUUCUAGAAUUAUGAUUAUAUAUCAAUAAUUUUUUAAAUGUUUUGUUAAUAAUAAAAUGUAUUCAAGACCUAAACCAGGUGAAACUGAGGAAGACUUGUUGCGUUUACAAGAAGAAUAUGAAAAAGCUAAGGCAGAGAAUAAAAUAAGUCCAGCCGCUACAUUUGUUAGUUUGCAAAAGAAUGAAACUAGUCAGGAACAAACAAGUGAAAUUAAAUCAGAUAAGGUUGACAUAGGGGAUCAACUAGCUAAUACGUUUGAGGCUAUUCCACAUGAUAUUAAUCUUAAAAACAUAACAGAGAAGAAACCUGAAAUAAGAAAUGUAUCGGUGUUUAAAUUUAGUAAGGGGAACGGUUUCCCACAAGCAAAAAGGAGAGAUCUUACAGUAGCUCAUGGAAAAGGUAGCAUUUUCUCACAGCAGACUAAAAAAAUAAAAAGAGAAGAAUCACCUAUGGAAACCGAUAGUAUAUUAAUAUCUGAAAGUACAAUAUCUAUAAAAGAAAAAAGCUUCACCGAUCCAUCUUCAAGUAAAAGUAAUAUAAUAGUUAAAGGCGAAAGUUUGCCAUCUCAGAGCUAUAUUUUAACGGGAUCAGAUAGAAAACAGAUUCACGAAGAAAAUUUAGAAGUGAUAAAAUCUAUGCCAGAGGCAGAAAUCCUCGAAGAAAGAGAAAAACUUAUUGCCACCCUGGAUCCAGCCAUUAUAGCAUUUCUGAAAUCCAGAAGAAAACAAGAAAUAUUUGAAAAUCGAAAUCCUACUAUAAAGGAACAAAAUAUGGCUGCCCAAAAUGUUAAUAUAGAAGAAAUCGAAACUCCUGCAGAGUUAUUAACGCAACCCAGUGCUGAGAAAUGGUUGAACUUUAACACUAUCGAAACAAAUAAGUUAGCUUGGAUGAAGAAUGUAGAUAUACCCAAUAUUGAUAAAUCUAAACAAUUUGAAGCAAGGUUUGACUUUGAGGGGUGGUUGUUGCCAUAUUCAGAACCUGAAAUUAAUGAAAAAAAUAGAAUUCUUUAUCAUCAUGGAGAAGAACCAGGUAGACCAGGCUACACAUUACAAGAACUGUUUCAAUUAUCUAGGUCCAGUGUUAUACAACAAAAAAUUAUUGCAUUGAACUGCAUUGCAAACAUUUUAUCGCUAAAUUCAACUGGAGUAUAUGAUGACAUAAUAGAUAUACCUUUGGAACAAAUAUUUUUUGUGAUCCGUUUCUGUCUUGAUGAUAAUACACCAGUAGUUCUCAAUGCUAGCAUCAAAGCAAUGAGAAAUUUAAUCUUCUCUGAAGUAGAUGAGACAUGCUUAGAUGGUUUGAUAUCAUUCGGUCUAGGACAUAUAGAACCUGUCUUGGCUGUCGAUAAUGAAAAAGAAGAUGACAAUACAGUCAAUGAUCAACAAUUAGUCGAAAAGAACAUUAUUAAAUGUUUGACUCGAACAGAGAUUUUAACUAGAAUCAGAUAUAUAAUUAAUACAAUUAAACCAUCUCUUGAAACGAUAGUUUACUGUAUGGAUAUAUUAAUAAGAUUGGCAAGAGAUUCAGAUUUUAUUCUGUCAAAUAUAUUUAGCUGUGAUGGUUUAAUUGAGGCUAUUAUAACAAAUUUUGUUCCAAAAGAGAUUAGCCGAAGUGCAAAUGCUUCUUCGCCUUAUGGUCUCCCUUUAUUACAAAGUAUUAAACUGUUAAGGGUUCUAUCAGCAAGGAGUAAAUUUAUAGCCACAAAACUAAUUACCAAGUAUAAAAUUUUAGAUUCCAUUGCAUUAUAUUUGACAAAUGAUACAUUCUCAUUGAACAUUAAUGGUUUAAGGCUGCAGACAGAAUGCAUGCAUUUUUGGAGUCUUCUUAUACAUUAUGGAUUAGCUUUGGAUAGUUUUAACGCACUUCAGCCAGUAUUAUUAAAUAUGUUAGAUUAUCACUUCAAGAACACAAAUUUAGACAUGACCACCACUUAUGCUAGACAAGGACACGUCUCUGGAUUGCUAAUACUUCUAGCAGAAACUGUAGAAAGAAAUUACAAUUCAAUUAUUCCUUUUCUGCCUCUAUUAUUAGAUAAAUGUCUUAUGAAAUGGAUACUGCAGUUUGAGAUCUUGAAAGAAUUUGUAUGUGGUAAGCUUCAAAUAAUAUCAGCCUUUUUAUAUUGCCUCACAUGUAUUAGACGGUAUCAACAAAAUAAUAAAAUUGAUGAAGCAGUCUUAAGAUUACUGAAUGCAGAUGGAUUCGACUUAGUUACAAGAAAUAUAAAAAGUGGGUCCAUGUUACUAAACAAUUAUGAAACACAUAAGUCAAGUAGUAAUAUGAAGUCUCUGGAAGCCGCAGCUUGGCAUACGAUGGACCACGUUAUACCCACAAUGCAAACAAACAGCUGCUUCCCAUUUUUAUAUUCUGUUUCAUACUAUGUGAAUGUUUCGGAUCAAAUUAAGGUGAAACUGGCAUUUCUUCAGCACAAAAACAUACAAAAAUAUUUGAAAUCUGUACAGAAACUUGAGAAGUAUUACCUAACAAAUAAUUGGUUUGCAAGGCCAGAAAGUUUCAUCCUAAUGAAUAUUUUGAAAACAUCAGUUACAAUUAAAAAGGAACUAGAUACUUCAAUCUUCUAUGAGUUAUCUGUAAAAUGUUUAUGUGUAUUUAAUUUUGAACAGAAGAGUGAUAUAGAAUACAUCCUAAGAAGUAUAAUAUUUUGUUCGAAAUUUUACCCAAGUGAUGUUCUUCUACAAAAUUUAAACAUCGAUCAACAAGACGAAGGUUUAGAAGUAUCUUUAUAUAAUAUGGAUCAAAUUUUAGAAGUUUAUAUCCAAGUCUUAGGUUUGAAAAAUGAUGUACCAGAUUUUUCCACAAUGAGCUGCAUUAACACAAGCCUAGGAAAUGUUAUUCCUAUCGACUGGAUAUAUACCCCAAUAUUAGUUCUUUAUUCCAACCAGCUGCAGAACAAAUCAAAUAUAAAUGAAGAACAACAAAUUUUUACAAUAAGAAACUGUUUGAGAUGGAUCUUAAUAUAUGAAACUUAUUUUCCUUUGCUGGCUUCGUCAAUUAACCCCACAGACAAAUUCUGCAGAUUGGCUUGUGUUUUCCUAGGAAGUGAUAAUUUAUUUUUAACCAAAGAUAUUCACAAUCUUCUUGAAUUAUGUUUCAAAAAUCUCAUUGGGAAGUCCGAGAAAGAACUUAAUUUCCAGAAAGACAUCCAAGGUUUAGCUAAUUUUCAAGAUUUCUAUACUCAAUUGCUAGAACAGUAUCAAGGAGUUAGUUAUGGUGAUAUACUCUUUGGUAAUGUAAUACUUGUCCCUCUUGCUCAAAAGCACAAUAUUCAAUAUAAAAAAACACUAUGGUCCGAAUAUAUGGGAAUUGUCCAAAUAUUUAAUGUUACUCCGGAACAGUGCAUUGGUAAUUUAGAGUUAUUCUUACAGCCACCCGAAGAAGACUUAUCUCUUUUAACAUGUUAUAGAAGAGCAAUCCUUAACAACAUGGUUAGAAAACACUCUGUACUUUAUACAAUAGCUAAACAUCAUGUGGAAGCGUUUAUAACAAAACAAAGACAGAAUAAAUAAUUUUAUAUGUCUAGAA